CACAUCCAGUGACCAGGAGACACCAGAUCCCAGUACUCCCAGUAGAUGCGGACACUGCCGGACAUGGGGCUUGGGGGGCUGAGGUCUCUGCUGCUCCUCACCUGUGUUCUGGGGCCCCAUGUAAGAGCUGAGGGAUCCCAAGAAGAUGAGGACCAUGAAGCCCACCCAUCAGGUCCAGGUCAUCAUCACUGGGGCUACACAGAUAUGCCGGAAUGGGAUAAGUAUUUCCCUGAGUGUGGUGGGACGGCGCAGUCCCCUAUUAAUGUCGACAUACAGAAUGUUGCCUUUGACCCUUGGCUGAGGCCGAUUCAGCUCUCUGGCUAUAACCUGACAGCUGGAGGAACCUUGAAGUUGGAGAACAAUAUGCAUACAGUGGUUUUGAAACUACCUGAUAGUCUGAAGAUAGUUGGCGGUCUCCCUCAUAUUUAUGAAGCAGCACAGCUCCAUUUCCACUGGGGUUCAGAUAGCAGUCCAGGGUCAGAGCACACUGUAAAUGGAAUACGAUUUCCCGGAGAGAUCCAUGUGGUUUACUUUAACUCUGAGUACCAGAGUAUAGACCAAGCAUUAAACCAGUCCGGAGGCCUCGCUGUGUUGGCUGCGUUCAUAGAGGAAGGACCUGAAGAUAACGAAGCUUACGAGCAUCUUCUGUCACAUCUGGAGGAGGUGAAGGAUGGUGGAGAAAGCAGAGAGAUUCCUGGAUUUGAUAUUCGUGGAUUGUUACCUCAGCAGCUGGACAGAUACUUUCGGUAUAAUGGAUCUCUCACGACUCCACCAUGCCUCCAGACUGUCAACUGGACCAUCUUCAACCAGACUGUUCCUCUGUCUGCCAGACAGCUGGCCAUCCUGGAGGACACCAUCCACCAUGAUCAUGACCACAUCCUACAGAUGAACUUCAGAGAACCGCAGGCUCUCAAUGGACGUGUGGUGUUGUCCAGCUUCAGGGCGCCGGUGGGAGGUCGGAAGGCGCCCGGAGUAGCUCCUCCAGCUUCGCCCUCUGACACUGAUGAUCCCUCAUCACGCAACACCGAGACAGGUUCUCAUGGCCAGGAGAACCCUUCACUGGGAAUAGGCGACAUGCUGGCCAUUAUAUUUGGCAUCCUCUUUGGUAUCACAGCCAUGGCAUUCUACAUAUAUGUGAGGAAGAGCCACAAAAGAAACCACAGGUCAUCGGAUUCUAAAUCAAAUGUCAUCUACAAAGCAGCAACGCUGAUGAGAACAUGGCGUGACCGUCAGAGCUCGACUGGGGGAUGGGGGGUGUAAGUGUAUAUAGUUUAUAUAGAGGCCAGCACUAAGUGCACCCGAAGGUUGGAAAGGGCAUCACUAGUAGAGGUCUUCCAAGAUGUGGGGGGGAUUAUUACCAGUAGAGCUCGUCAUGGGUGCGGGGGAUUGUCACCAGUAGAGCUCUUUCCGAGGGGAUUGUCACCAGUAGCUUGUCCUGGGUGUGGGAUGAUUGUCACCAGUAGAACUUGUCCUGGGUGGGGGAUUGUCACCAGUAGAUCUCGUCCUGCGUGUGGGGGAUUGUCACCAGUAGAUCUCGUCCUGGGUGGGGGGAUUGUCACCAGUAGAACUCGUCCUGGGUGGGAUGAUUGUCACCAGUAGAACUCAUCCUGGGUGGGGGGAUUGUCACCAGUAGAACUUGUUUUGGGUGGGGGGUUUGUCACCAGUAGAACCCGUCCUUUGUGGGGGGAUUGUCACCAGUAGAACACGUCCUGGGUGGGGGGAUUGUCACCAGUAGUUCUCGUCCUGGGUGUGGGGAUUGUCACCAGUAGAACACGUCCUGGGUGGGGGGAUUGUCACCAGUAGAACACGUCCUGGGUGGGGGGAUUGUCACCAGUAGAUCUCGUCCUGGGUGUGGGGGAUUGU